GUGACAUGGAGCUACAUGUGACGGACAAACUGAAGGAGGUGGAUUUUUUUGGAGGGCAUUUCCUAAAUACCAUGCACGGAUUAUGGUGUUUUUUCACAACUUAAAAGUCUUUGUGCACACUGCCCGUCCAAUGUUGCUCUCCACGAGGAGGGGAACAAGGCUCUUUGUGAGGAUUUUUCACUUGUUUCAGCCUUAACCUCAAAGAGAACCAUGAGCGGUCCACCAAGUCCUUCUCCAAGCCGAUGGUUCAAAGCGCUCCGCAGGACCAGGCUAGGAGAGCCUUAUUUGAGAACAUACCCUGUGGAGUGUGUGGACCUGCUGAGGAGGGCCAGGAUUGCCUUUCAGGCUGGACGGACCCUGACUGAGGGCUUCAGACUGGCUCAGCUGGAGGCUUUAGUGAGGAUGCUGGAGGAACACGAGUGUGACUUUGUUGAUGCUCUUGGCAGAGACCUUCAUAAGCCACGAUUUGAAACGGUUGUGUUUGAACUGAUCACGGUCAAGAAUGAGGCUCUCCAUGCCAUCAGCAACCUGAAGAAGUGGAUGCAGCCGCAGUCUGUGGAAAAGAACCUG